AUGUUACGGCGCGCGCUUGCACCGACGGGGCGCGCCUUACGCGCUGCGCGCACCUAUGCUACUCCGACGGAGUACUCUCAACCGACUGUUGACCCUCAGCUAGGAGGCUACGACAACCCUCCCUACAUCUCCCGACAGCGCUUACCUGCGAAGGGCUGGAACUGGGAUCCCCAAAUGAGGCGCAACUUUGGCGACCCGUUACAUGAGCAAGAGGAGCUCUUGUCUAUGGUUGGACCCGACGUUCCCGUGGUUGAGCCUAAGAAGGCUCUCCGGUGGUUUACUAUCGCUACCCUCUCAUUCGUCACCUUCGGCUUCCUCUGCAAGGAUGUCUUCGUCCCCGAUUUGCCAGCCGUCAGGCGAGAAUAUCCCUUCGACGGUUUAGUUACUGAGCUAGGCGGCUUGGAGGAAAACAAGGCACGGCCGGAGCAGAUCAGCGAGGACGAGUAA